GAACGUUCCUUGAAGCCACCGAAUGGUCUCAACCACCUCAAUACUCCUCACUUAACAUCAGUGACGCCAUUAUGAAGCCUAAUGAGUGUGAUUGAACGGUUUCUCUUUUCAUUUAGGUACUAGCCGCUUGCUUUAUCGUACUCUUACUAUUGUAUCGUCAGCCAUAGCCAAUCAUGAGCCACCUUCACAUCAGUCGACUUUUGUUACAAGGUGAAACGUCUCAGUAACACCCCUGGGAGCCAAGCGACUGUUAGGGGUCUUCCACCGUUGUCACCACUCACUGUGGGCCAUUUACCAGAUUUGCUUCGCCUCCCGUCUGUCACUUUGACUCUUUUUCUCUUCUCAUAGCUAUCUCGAUCUCUAUACGUCUUUAUUCUAUUCCAUUCAAAGAACAUAUUAUCUUCCAUUCCCACUCUGUACGUGACUGGCGCACUGUACGGCUUAAUUAAAACUGAAAAAAUCCGGCAUUCCUUUAUCAAAAAUACUCAUCCUAAUACUACGACAACGACAACGACAAAGACAACUUCAUCCUCACCAUACAUACCUUGUCCUUCACGAUGGGUCAAUUCGACUGGUUCUCCUCUAUCGGCGCUACAGACGAAGCUGUUGCUGUCCUCAACGACCAACCCAUUAUUUUCACCAUCCUCUUGGUGGUCCUUGUGGCUGUCAUUCUACAAAUCGUGCUUCUCUGGUACAUUCACUAUGCAACCAUGAAGCCCGAGCAGCGCAAAGCAAAACAGGACAAGAAGGAUAAGAAGAAAGCGGGGAAGACAGCAAAGCCAAGCAAAUAAGCACUAUCUAUUCCUUCAGCAAUUAUCCACGGCAAUCUUUGUCCUGGCCCAUGACACUCAUUUGCAAUAUUAUCGACUUAACAUUCAACAUUACAUCUGCCUCACGAUUUCUAUAGAACAGGCUCAAACGUCACGCUACGCUUGCCUCUCCCAUAUGCUAUCUAUAAUAUAUCAAUCUUUCUUGGAGCAUCGCCAAAUCCCGCCGUUCUGGUCAAAUCUCUUUUCAGUUUCCGACUGACACGUUUCCAUCGUCAGAUGUUAGUCUAAGUUACACUGAUUGUCGCAGAUCAGCCAGUGGUCCAGACUUGGGAAGUUUGCUGGGUCGACUAUUGUAUCUUGUCUUGUCGCGAAGUCAAUAUCCUGCCUCAUCCAAGCUUGCCCAGGUGGCAUCUCAUUCAUAAAUUCCAUUGUGUCAAAACCA